ACCUACCGAUUCUAUCCUUUUCAAAAAGGGUUUAUCUUGUGUUAUUUUUUUUUUUAUUUGUUUGCUUUAUUGCGAAAAUCUGUUCAGGUACUAUUUAUUGUGCACGUAUUUUUCGAUAACGGAAAACACCUGCCCAGUACUAUCCUAUUGGUAAUUGUUGUUACGACGAAAUCGGACCAACGUUAAAGAAUUUACCACAAAUUCCCACGCCUACUUAAAGAUGUGCAUUUAUGUAGAAAAUCUGGUGCACUUUUUAGGGGUAGGGAUUUUCAAAAAGAUUCGUGCGCCAUCGAUUACACAGUUGUUAAAUGUCGCAUACAAAGAGCAGAGAAAAAGUUUGAUAAUGAUGCUUAUAGCAAGCGAGUGUCGUGCGAUUUAGUGUAUGCACGCGAGCGUGAUCCAUUUUCUCUUCAACAAAAAACUAAACUCAAUCGGAAGUUGACGAUUUUUUUUGUCCGUCAAACUGUUCUGUAAGACCAUUCGUUGUUGUCGAUGUUUUUGUAUAUUUUGAGAAUCCCGGUCGUAGAGUAUAAGAAAUGCAAUCAGCCGCCAACCAAAAUAUGGUAAACAAGCCGAGUGCGUGUGAGCGGGAAUGCGACAUGAUGGCCUGUGACUCGUGUCUUUCUCCCUUUUGCCACAAGCCCACUUGAGAAAAGCAGAAAAAAAAACCCAAUUUCAGAUGGUACAACAGAUUUUUGGUCCUUUACAUAAAUUGGAAUAUAGCGCAUGUUGGAAGGACCGACUCGGUUAUUAUAAUAUUUUUACCUUUCCUGUUCGAGAUAGUCAUGUACCCCUAAAAACUAUAAAAACUUCAACGAAAUCAGGUAGUGAAGCCCAGUCGCUGUCAGAGUGUGAGUGACACUCUUUAGCACCGUUUGACGUACGUACAGUAUAUAUUUCUUUUUGAUUAAUUUAAUCACGAUUUAUCAGCAUGGCCGACAUGAGUCUUUUUGUACCUAAGAAGAUGGCAGAAUGGGAGAGGAAAGUGGAUCAUUUAAUUUGGCAAAUUGAAGUGGCUUCUGAUGAAAAAUGGGAAGAACUCAUCAAACUUCAAGGCCUCGUGGUGGUGGAUGUAUACUCCGAGUGGUGCGGCCCGUGCACAGCCAUGGCUAAUUAUUUGAAAGAGAUCAAACUUCUAUUAGGGGAUGAUCUUCUUCACUGCGCCCUGGCGAAAGCAGAUAAUAUCAGCCGGCUCGCCAAAUUCCGGGGCCGAAGUGAGCCUACGUGGCUGUUUUUGGCCGGAGGUGAACCAGUUGUGUUGAUAAGAGGCGCUAAUGCCCCACUGAUUCGCAAAACGUUAUUGAAGGAACUACAAAUAGAAAAGGAGGUUCUAGAAGGAACCCGUCAAAGAGCUUCGUUAUCCUGGGAUAGUUUUGAUUUGCCUGUCUUCAAGGCUGACACUGAGAAAAAUAAUCAAAUUGUAUUGACCACUGCGCCAGAUAAUUGGUGGGAGCUAGACGGCUUAACUUUACAAGGAUCCUAUCAUCUGAUUAUCGAUAAAUUGUUUGAUGCACUAACCAAACGAAACCUGAAAAUAGCAGCACAGUCGGCCGUUCGUCUCAACCAAAAAGAUUGCCUCAUUUUAUGGUUUCCAUCUUCAGUUGAUUAUUUCAGCCUGGACGAAUGGUUUGACGAAACGAUUGAAACACUUAUCGCCGAAGUUAAACUCAAGAUUGUACUUGAGGAAGAAAUGGAAGAAGAGCUUUCUGAAAAAACAGAAGGAUUAGAAUUGGCUGAUACAUCGGUAGAUUCGGAGGUAAAGUCUGUCGAUAUCGAACUGAAUAAUGGAGAACCUGAUUAUCAACCUAUAGAAUUUCGCCUAAUAAUUGAUCCCGAUGAAAGAGACGAUUUGGUCAAACGUUUGGAAAAGGAAUUGAAAGAUAGUGUAGAAUCUGAAAGUCUCAGAAUGAAAGAAGAUGAUGAUAAAGUUGUCGAAAGUGUUUGAUCGUAGCGAGAGUCAUUGCUACUUUGAGCUAACUUUUAAGUAAAUCCAGCUGUGGAGAAAACAUUUUUACAUAGUGGCUUUCCUUUACGAUUUGGGAAUCGAAUAUCUAGAUGGACAAUUUGCAAAAACCAAAUUGUCUUAAGAAAAUUGCAUUUGGGAAAGAUAUCAUGCAAUGAUUUGCGACUGUAAAGUCAUAUCAAAUCCUUCCAAAAUAUGCUAUACCUUCCUGAAAAUUUCACUGGAGUGUAAGAUGGUAAAAAACUUAGAAUACACGUGUCGUAACCGCAA